AUGGGCGGCGAGGGGGUGGGCGGGCCCCGCGCGGCGGAGCCCCCGGCGCGUCUCCCCCAGUCCAGCCAGCCCUUCACGUCCUUCAGCUUCCCGUGCAUCCUGCAGUCCAGCCAGCCCUUCUCCUACCGCAGCCCCCCCCGGCUCCCCAAAUCCUGCAAACUCUUCCCGCCCAGCGCCCUGUGCCCCCUGUCCCAGUCCAGCCAGCCCUUCCCGGCCUGUGCCCCCCCAUGCCUCCCCCAGUCCAGCCAGCCCUUCCCCUACCGCAGCCCCCCGCGGCUCCCCAAGCCUAGCGACCCCUUCCCCUUCUACCUGCCCCCCUACAGCCCCCUGGGGGUCCCCCAGUCCAGCAGACCCUUCCCCUUCUGCGCCCCACCCUGCAUCGCCAAGGCCACCGAGCUCUUCCCUUGCUACGUGCCCCCCCAGCCCAGCAGACCCUUCCCCACCUACACCCCCCUCCCCAUCCCGCAGUCCAGCAGGCCCUUCCCCUCCUCCGGGACCCCCCAUCCCACCCCGCCCUGCACCCCACAAUCGCCAGACCCCCUCCCUCACCGCCCCCUCCAGCCCACGCGCCGCCGGGGCUCCUUGUCCCCCCGCCUGCACGUCUGGGAGGUCCCCUCCCCGCCCCAAAACCCCGCCACCCCCUGA